GUCACAACCCAAAUUCGAAAAGGACGAAGCUUUAGCAUAAUUCAUGCAGACCAAUGUCAGCUAUUUCGUAGUCAAGUUAACUUGAAAUCUCAUGAGCCAUUACGACAAUAAUUGCUCGCGUAACAUAAGAUUUGGUUGCGAGAAAAUAACAAAAGUGGUCUGCGGCCGACCGUGAAUUGCGCCUCAACAACGCGCCCUUUUGAUUGGCUGAGGGCCUGUGACAUUCAGGGCCGUCUGGAGCAGUAGGGGGUGAACACUCGUACAGAUAGGACACCAGGAAAAGGAUAAAACCGAUAUUUUAAACAAAAAGGUGUUUCAGUAGAAAAACAAGAUGACUGAUGUGGACAAAGCGCCACCAGCGGAUUCCGGCAAGGUGGUGAUGCUCGGGGACGAGGGUGAUGAAAACAAGGAGCGAGGCAACUGGUCAGGGAGGUUGGAUUUCAUCCUCUCCUGUGUGGGCUAUGCCGUUGGCCUUGGCAACGUCUGGAGGUUCCCCUAUUUGACCUACAGAAAUGGCGGAGGCGCUUUCCUCAUUCCCUACCUGAUCAUGUUGGCGUUCGCGGGUCUUCCGCUCUUCUUCCUCGAGUUGGCUUUCGGACAGUUCGCGUCCCUCGGAUGCAUCUCACUGUGGAAGAUCAGUCCCUUCUUCAAAGGUAUUGGUUGGGGAAUGACGAUGAUCAGUUUCCUGGUCGGCAUUUAUUACAAUGUGAUCAUCGCCUGGACACUGUUCUAUUUCUUCGCCUCAUUCACCUCGCAGCUUCCAUGGAGCACGUGCGGCAACGAUUGGAACACACCCUACUGCAAGGAACUCACAAAGCCGAUCUGUAACGACAGCACAGUUGCUGAGAUGAACUACACUGUUGGUGUUGACUGCAUGAACUUCACUGGUGUCAACAUGACGGGGAUGAAGCCGACAUUGCCCAGCCAGGAAUACUGGGAGAACUUCGUGCUCGGGCAGUCCGAUGGUCUUGAAAACAUGGGUCAGAUCAGGUGGCAGUUGGCCCUCUGCCUUCUUCUCGCCUGGGUCGUUAUCUUCUUGUGUCUGGUCAAGGGAAUCAAAUCAUCCGGAAAGGUGGUCUACUUCACCGCUACCUUCCCCUACGUCGUCCUCAUCAUUCUCCUAGUUCGAGGAUGCACGCUAGAGGGGGCUAUAGAAGGGAUAAAGUUUUAUGUUACACCAGACUUUGCAAGAUUGGCCAAUGCGAAGGUGUGGGCUGACGCGGCUACCCAGAUUUUCUACUCUCUCGGAAUUGCGUUCGGUGGUCUCCAAGUGAUGUCCAGUUACAACAGAUUCAACAACAACUGCUACAGGGACACGUUGAUCGUCGCCAUCUUGAACUGUAGCACGAGCGUGUUUGCUGGGUUCGUGAUCUUCAGUGUGCUAGGUUUCAUGGCUACCGUCUCUAACGUUGAAGUGGGAGAGGUUGCAGACAGCGGCCCUGGCCUUGCGUUUGUUGCGUACCCUGCUGGAAUUGCUAUGAUGCCCGUUGCGCCACUCUGGUCGCUAUUGUUUUUCUUCAUGCUGUUCACCCUCGGAUUGGACAGUCAGUUCGCCAUGAUGGAGACGGUUAUCAGCGCCAUUGUUGAUGAGUUCCGGUUCCUCAGGAGAUUCAAGACCCACGUAACUCUAGGCCUGUGCAUUUCUAUGUAUCUGCUCGGAUUACCAUGUGUGACCGAGGGUGGUAUCUACAUGUUCACGCUGAUAGACUGGUACUCUGCCUGGUUCUCAAUCAUGAUCAUCGCCGUCCUCGAAUCCCUGGUAGUGUCCUGGGUAUAUGGCUUCGCCGAGUUCGCAAACGACAUCGAGAUGAUGAUCGGAUUCAAGCCCAAUAUCUACUGGAGGGUUUGCUGGAGUUUCCUCUCGCCGGCCUUGAUCACGUUCGUCAUCAUAUUCUCGGCUGUUCAGUAUACGUCCCCAGCGUUAGGUAAUUACCAGUACCCGGCCUGGGGCGAGGCUUUGGCUUGGUUGAUGGUUAUGGCCUCCCUUAUCUUCCUCCCUAUCUUCAUGGUCGUCGAGUGCUGCCGAGGUGGACGUUUCAAGAAGGUGAUGCACGUAACCGGCUGGGGACCGGCUCACGACUGGGGCCCAGCACUAGAUAUGCAUCGUGUCGGUCGCUACAAACCCCUCAACAAGGCCGCAGAAGAGCCACAGGAAUUUGCUGACAUCAAAGGAGAGACCAAUGGCGCCUACGCCAACAAUGGAUUUAGCUUGUAAACACGAAAAGAAGGCCCUGAUACUGUAUAGUAAUGGAUCAUGCAAAUCUGUAUAGUCAUAGGGCCGACUUGCGGUUAAAGGUAUUGGAUUUCACCCUGUAACGUAAUGUGUGGGACAGCAUGGGCCCCGACUCUGUAUCGUAAGAGCCUCCUUUUGCUAAGCAGGGUCCUGAAUCUGUAUAAUGAAUGGUGUCCAUUCGCCAGACAAGGCCCAGAGUCUGUAUAGUGAUAGGAAUUUGUCCUGUAUGGGACUUCGUUGUUAUUUUUGUAUCCGGCAGAGAGCGCUUUUGUCACCACUCGCGACGGUGACAUUUUGUAGUAAUCCGUCCUUUAAUGUUAGCUUACACUAUUGAUACGCCCUUAUGCGCAUUUGUUUACACUGAACAUAAUAUUCCCCCAACUAGAAACAUUUGAAAGGGUUUGCUAUAUAAAGGUGAACUCCACUUUUUGUCCCAAAAUGGCCCAAGUCCGCAUGAGAAACAUGUUUUUGGCGACGUCUCGGAUGGGACACUUUAUAUCCGGGAACGUUGUUCCUGCCAUUAGGGUCGAAUAUCAAAUUUAUUUCUUCACAAGUGGAUAAAUGUCCUUGUUUUCGUCCUCUGUGUAAAUUUGUAUUUUAGAUAUGUUUUAAAUACUGUUUUUUAAAAGUCAAGUCGGCUCAAGGCGACAUAACUGUCAAUAUAAGGGUUUAUGCCUCUUUCCGUUUUACUGUAAACUGUUAAAUUGAAUGCUUAUUCGUGUAAAUAGUAUCAGGAAAGCCAAUGUACGCACAAAUGUAUAAUAAUUUCGAACAAAAUUCGGAAAAUUUCCGAUAUUUUCCGGAAUUGCUCAACAGGUUUUGUACCGGAAAGUAGCCACCAUCUCCUGGCCACAGAUACGUACAAGCAAUGGAGAACACUGAAGGUUGGUUUAAGGAAUGUAGGUCAAAGCCGAGGCGGGGCCGAGGUUUUGGCCGAAACUGCGUAUCGUCGACUUGAAGAUGGAGGCGACUUUUAAAUUAUACGCCGCUGUAAAGUUCCGAUUGUAUCCAAGAUAAUUUUUUAACCAUCUGUAUAUUUUAUUAGACAGCUGAUAUUUUACCAUAUGCUAUAUACUUUUAGAUAGAAAUUUACAUACAGGUAAUUGAAUGACAUUUAUACUUUUUAACCAUAUUGACUGAAAAGGGCAAAUAUAAUUUAUAAUUCAACGAAAAGUUCGGAAAAUCUAUUUCAUAGUUUUAACUUCAUGUGUAAGACACCAUGCAGGUUUAUUUUGUUGUGUUUUGUCGAGUUGUACAGUGUGUCCCAUAACUCGGCAAAGAAAAAUGUAGAAACUUCUCUUAUAAGACAACUUUUAGACUAUGCCACGACUUUUGAAUAUCCAAUAAGUAGUAACCCAAAACGUUUUAUCUGGGACACACUGUAUGAACGUUUUAAACAUGAAUUACUCUAACAAAUGGAUUGAUCGAGUGAUAUUACGGUAUUGCUAUGAGAUUGCGCAAUAAGGACGAAACGAUGAGAUUUUUCGAAACCUCUCAGUUCAUGUGAAGUUAAUGCCCAACGCAACGCGUGAUUUUUCCAUUUCCACAGGCAUUUGACUUUGGCCUGGUUUAUCUCGCACUGUUGUUCACUUGAACAUGUUGUCUAAUUAUCCUUUGCCUGUGUAAAUAUCCCGAUAAAUCGCAAGUUGCCUAUCAGGAAGAUCUGGUAUUAAAAAUAUUGUGUUAAAGGGUGGCUGCGUCUAUUCUGCAACAUCUUCGGACGAUGUAAAUAUCUCGCCCCAUCUUCGCUUUACAGUUCACAUGAUCAACCUAUCUUGUGAGUCCGAAGUAGUUUGUUUCCCUGCCCACAGAUGGCGUUAUAAUCUUCACAGCGCCAUCUGUAUUUAGGUCAUCUGACCAGACUACUCUCAUACGAAACCAUUUGAGACUCAAUUUUUAUUUACUAUUGUAUAUUUUAAAAUGUAUUUUUCUAUCAGAAUAAAGUAACGAUAAAGUA